AAACACACGCCUCGUGCAAACGGUAUGCACGUGGGGGAAGCGUCUGCUGAGCACAAAGAACCGCUGUUGUGCAAACCUACCGUAGCGAACUUCUGGUGUCUCUUCGGGUUUCUCGACCUACGCCGACUUAACGACACAAGAAUGCAGGCGCGUUUCGUGAUCUUCGCCGUUCUGCUGGCUGUGCUGGUCAUCUGUGCCGCCGAAGACCUGGGUCCGUUUCGGGUGCGGCGGGCUUCACGCUGUGGGAAGAACCAGUCGUACCAAAGAUGCGGCCCCCCAUGCGAGAACAUCUGUGGUCAACCAGAAGAUCGAAAGUGUAGAGUCGCGACAUGCCAUGCCAAGUGCGUCUGCCUCAGGGGUCAUGUCCGCACGGCCGAGGGAGACUGCAUCACCCAUCAACAGUGCCGCAAGAAGACAGGAUAAGCACGUGUUCCAGGACGCCUACCCCCAUAACGCCAACAUUCACUUCCUUAGAUCUUUACUGAAAUAAAUUCAUUCAUUCAUUCA